AUGGCACAGAGAGUGUGUGGCCAGAGUUAUGUAGAGGUGACAUGGGAAGCGAGCCAUGGUGCUGAGUACUACAAGGCAGCUGCAGAAGAUAAAGAUGGACAUGAUUUACACUGCAUGUCCAAUGGGACGUCAUGCCGCCUGGAGGGCCUGAUGUGCAGCCAGAUGUACACUAUUGGGGUGUCAGCUGCAGAUAGCUACUGCACCAGCCGUCCCACCCUCGCAGAUCCAGUACUGACAGCUCCAUGUCCUCCAUCUCAUGUGGACGCUUCACUGAACUGUGCUGAUAACUCUGCCACGUUAACCUGGAGCACCAGCCCCAAUGCGGUGUCUUACACUGGCAAAGCAAUGAGCGAUGAUGGACAUACUGUGACCUGUGACGCAGGAGGAGACCUCAGUUGCCAGUUGAGCGGUUUAAACUGUGGUACAACGUACGAAUUUACUGUGAAAGCCUCGGAUGGAGUCUGCGAAACUCCUGACAGCGAGCCAGUCAGCUAUACAACAGCCCCAUGUAUGGUCCAGAGCGUCGACAACACCCUAGACUGUAACACCAACACACUGACCACCAGCUGGACCCCUGGAGACAUACCUGUGAACUACAGCGUCACCGCCAUGAAUGAAAAUGGCAUGCCACUCGACUGCUUCACAGAGGACUCCAGUUGUACAUUCUCCAAUUUACCGUGUGGACAACAGUACACUGUGACAGUCACACCAGUCAGCAGCACAUGUGAAGGCCAAAGCAGUGAGCCAGAGGUCGUCAACACCGUUCCUUGUGUUCCUGAUAACAUCAGAGGAGUUGUGGAGUGUUCGUCUAACACACUGCAGGUGUCCUGGGAUGUAACCGCCGGAGCAUCGUCCUACGUCUCCACGGUGACUGGAGCAGGAGAUUCCGCUUCCUGUCCCACAACUGACCUAAGCUGCUCCUUCCCAGAUUUGCAGUGUGCUCAGACAUAUUCUGUGGAGGUGGAGGCUGUAAAUGACAGGUGUCAGAGCUCUGAGACCAUCUCCAUUGAAACUGCACCCUGCGACCCUACAAAUGUGGCUGCCGUUCUGGAUUGCGGGACUCGUGUGGCAACGGUGAGCUGGGAGGCCAGCGAUGGAGCCGAUUAUUACACUGUUGUGGCUCAGGCCAGCGAUUACACUGACAGCUGUAGAUCCACCAGUACGUCCUGUGAGCUCAGCCAGCUGAUGUGUGGGGAAACGUACUCUGUGACUGUCCUGGCAGGAGACGGGACCUGCAACAGCACCUUACUCGCCACAACCAGUGUAACAACAGCUCCAUGUGCACCUGUGAUCGAUGACUACUCACUGGACUGCGCCUCCAACCAUGCACUGGUUUCCUGGAUUAAGGAUGAUGAUGCAGUUGUGGUCACGGUCAGUGCUACCAGCCAAGGACAUGAGACGUCCUGCAGCGCCUCCACCAACAGCAGCUGUGUCCUGGAUGACCUGCAGUGUGGAAGCACUUACACUGUCCAGGCUGUAGCAGAAGGACAACAGUGUUUGAGUGACCCCAGCUCCACCUUUGAGAUCAUCACAGCGCCCUGUACUCCUGCCAACGUGGGCUACACAUAUGACUGCGAGACCGGCAUUUCCUUUGUGAACUGGGAUGACAGUUUGGGAAGGAAGACUUUCUAUGUCACUGCUGAAUCCGGAGAUCACAUGCAGUACUGCAGCACCGGCCAGACUGACUGCUCCCUGUCCUCACUGCUCUGUGGUCGGUUGUAUGAUGUGAAAGUGACGGCUGUGGCGGACCACUGCAACAGCAGCCAGCCUGGUUUUGUACAGAUACAGACAGCCCCCUGUUCUCCCCAUAAUAUCAGCGCCUCCCUGAUGUGUGAGAAUAACACAGGGGCAGUGAGCUGGCAACACAGUCCUGGUGCAGUUUCCUAUGAAGUGAUCGCAACCGCAAGAGACGGCGACGUCAAAAAGUGCCAGACAAACACCACAGACUGUUACAUACCUCACAUGCACUGUGCACAGACCUAUGUGAUCGUGGUCACCCCCUACUCUGAUUCCUGCAAGGGCUUUGAGAGCUACCCAGUCAACUAUGUAGCGGGCCCCUGCCCUCCCACCGAUGUUGCGGUGUCCCUGCAGUGCGUUGGUAACGUGGGCCAUGUCACAUGGACUGUUGCCCCGCAAGGAGAUCUGUACUUGGCCACAGCUACACAUCCUCACGACAGCCACAACCACACCUGCACCUCCACUGGAGACGGAUGUUCCUUCACGGACCUCCACUGCAACGAGGUAGCAUUCGUCUCAGUGGUCACCAGGGACCGGGGCUGCUGGAGUGAGCCAAGCGAGUCUGUCACCUUUGAAUCAGUCGUUUGUCCACCAUCCACUGUGACCGGAGUGACGACUUGCUCCAACAAUGACAUCACCGUCAGCUGGGACCCCAGUCCGAGAAGCGGCGUUACCUAUUUCAUCCACUCUGAAGAAGCGGGCGGAGCCACCAAUACCUUCACCACAACAGAAACGUCCCAUGUGAUCAGUGGGCUGCAGUGUGGUCAGCUGUACACGUACCAGGUCUCUGUCGAGUACAAUGGAUGCACCAGUGUCCUCAGCAACUCCACCAUGACUGAAACAGCCCCAUGCCCUCCGACAGGCCUGAGCGCAGUAGCCGACUGCGGCACCAACUUGGGAACUCUGACCUGGGAAGCAAGUACACAUGCAAUUUCCUACACAGCUACAGUCACAGGGACAAACCACGAUCAUGUGGUUUCAUGUACCUCGAAUACAACAACCUGCUCAGUGAAGCUGGAAUGUGGACAUCAGUACUCAGCGGUUGUGGUUGCUUCCAGUGCAACGUGCAACAGCAGUGUGGGAGACAGUCUGGUUUUCGAUUCAGCUCCUUGCCUGCCCGAGGGUGUGGGAGCAACUCUGGACUGCCAGGCCAACACUUUCGAUGUGCAGUGGACGGGAAGCGCCGACAGUGUGGGCACUUACACUGCGAUCGCCAUUGGCAGUGACAACACCCGUGCAACCUGUGACACCCAAAACACUCAAUGUACCAUCGCGGACCUGCGCUGUGGCAUGUCUUACAGCAUUGCUGUCACUGCGGCAUCAAUUGAUUGUGGCACCAUUGAUGGCUCAGACUACCAAAUCCAGUCAGCUCCCUGUAAACCAGAAGCAGUGUCAGUGGCCUUGGUAUGUAGCACACACAUGGCAUCGGUGACUUGGCAAAAUUCAGGCCCGGACCAGAUGGACAUGGUAUCAGCGGUGGACAGCAGAGGAACGACCCAUGAAUGCAGCUCCACCACCUCCAACUGCACCUUCGAACAGCUGACCUGUGGGGAGAGCUACACUAUUAGUGUGGUCGGCGAGGCGGAAACAUGCACAAGUGACCCCGCCUCUGCUGAUGUUCUCAACACAGCUCCAUGUGUUCCCACCCAUGUGAUUGCAAGAGUUGACUGUGAUACCGGCAUCACCUCGGUCACUUGGGACCCGGCCCGCGGUGCCACGUCUUACACCGUGUUCGCCCAUGGAAACCUCGGCCACUACGCUGAAUGUAACAGCACAGACACCAACUGUAAUUUCCCUAACCUGGCAUGUGGGCAGGACUACAACAUUACCGUCAUGGCUCGACACAGCACCUGCAAUAGUCUGAUCAGUGAGACCACCACCGCCACCACAGGUCCUUGCCCUCACAGUAAUCUGGAAGCUGUUCUCGACUGUGAUACCAACAUGGUUAUGGCGUCUUGGACUGCUGGUAGCGGUAUCCUCUACUACAACGCAACAGCCACUGGCUUUAAUGUUGACCAUCAACAAACGUGCUCCACCAAUGGCACCUCCUGUAAUUUGCCGUCUCUGCUCUGUGGGGAAAGCUACCGGGUGACCGUCAGUGGACAGGGACGACGCUGCCCAAGUCCUGCUGAGGAAUUUCAGAGAGUCCAAGCAGCUCCCUGCCCUCCCACCCUCCUGGACGUCGUCUCGUCUUGUAGUUCCAACGACAUCACUGUGACGUGGGAGACCUCGAAGGGCUCCGUAUCCUACAUGGCUGUGGCUGUGAAUGCAGAGGGACAGCGGUGGUCCUGUAACACCACCGGCACCUCCUGCCAGAUCACUAAUCUGCCUUGUGGUCAGCAUUUCGAAGUCUACGUCGCUGGUCUUGAUGAGAAAUGUGUCGGCGCCAAGAGCAACACUGAAAUGAUUUACACAGCCCCCUGUGUGCCAGAGAACAUACAGAACUACCUCGACUGUCCGACCGGAGUCCUUAACAUCACGUGGGAGUCGAUGGGUUACGCUCCCCACUUCAGAGCCUCAGUGAUGAGCAGCUCUGGUGACACUACCGUUUGCAAGACAGACCAGCAUUACUGUGUGGUACCCGACAUGCAGUGCGGCCAAACCUUUGACGUUUCGGUGAUGGCCCAAGACGAGAGGUGCAACAGCUCCUACAGUCCCGUACAGCAAGUCACUACAGCUCCUUGCCCACUUACCGACUACCUGACCUCUGUGGACUGUGACACCGGUGUUGUAUCGGUAUCUUGGACCGGCGGUGCAACGGCGAUCCUGUACGACGUGCUGGCAGUUGACGCCGACGGUUACCAAUGCAACUGCAGCAGCACAGACACCGGCUGUGACCUCAAUAUGCUGAAGUGUGGAACAGAGUACAGUGUCACUAUCACACCGUCCAGGGAUGGAUGCGUGGGCAGAAACAGCCCCACCAAACAGAUCCAGACAGUUCCCUGUGUACCUUCCCUUAAUGACGUGGAGAUCGACUGUCUGACCAACUCAGCCUGGGUGUUAGGAAAUGCAUCUGCUGGGGCUGAAGACUACGUCGUUAUGGCGACUGACAGCAAUGGUGUGGUCCAGGAAUUCCCAUGCAACUCAACAGAAGAUGACAUGUGUACUCUGCCACCUCUGAUGUGCAGCAUGAACUUCACUUUCACCCUCAAGGCCCGUAACCAGCAGUGCUCCAGUGCUGCCAGUAACGCUGUCAAGGCUGAAACAGGUCCCUGCUCUCCUCAGAACAUCAGUAAUUCAGUGGACUGUGAUGAAAACACAAUCUCCAUCGCCUGGACCCCCGUCCCUGGUGCUGUGUCGUACACAGCCACGCUGGAGCACUUAAACGGCAACACAACCUGCUGCUCGACGUCAGAAAAUGGCUGUGACAUUGGAGAUCUGCCCUGUGGAGAAAUGUACAUUUUGCUUGUCACAACUGAGGGACGGACCUGCAACAGCUCUGAGAGCAGAGACAUAGCCAGGACAGUGCCGUGCAUCCCUCAGAACCUCCAGGCCAGUCUGAGCUGUAGCAACAACGUGGCCUCCAUGUCCUGGAAUUACAGCCGCGGAGGGCAGUUUUUCAAGGUGAAGGCGGUGAGCACCGACGGCCACGAGGACGAGUGCAGCAACUUUGAGAACCAGUGUGAUUUGACUGGACUGCAGUGUGGGAAGGUCUACACCGCUACAGUGGUGGCAGAGGACAGUGACUGCAAGAGCAAACCCAGCGACAGUGUGACCAUUAAGACCGUACCAUGCACUCCUGAAGACAUCUCUCCUGUGGUGAAAUGCAAGGACAACUGUCUGACUGUGUCCUGGUCUGAGAGUUCAGGAGCAGACUCGUACAUUGCCACCAUCUCAGACAGUAACGGACAGAUGACGACCUGUCAGGGCAUGACGGAGGGAUCCUGCAACGUGACAGGGCUGAGCUGUGGUGUGAUCUAUCAUGUCUCUGUGGUCGCCUCUGAUGGAUACUGCGACAGCCCGCCCACUCCUGAGGAGGUCACAGCUCCAAUCCCAUGUGAACCAAGAAACAUCAAGGCAGUAAUGGACUGUUACACACAUACGGCCAUAGUUACCUGGUACCCAAGUGAUGGAGCUCUGUCGUAUAAUGUCACGGCCACCUCUGGUUCAGGUCAUGAGGUCACUUGUGAUACCACCAUGACCCACUGUGAAAUGAACAGCCUGGAAUGUGGACAGAGCUACCAUAUCACUGUCAAAGCUGUGGGAGAGAGCUGUUGCCGCAGUGCUGACAUGGAAGGAUAUCUGGACACAGGUCCGUGCGUCCCUGAACACAUCACCACUCAGUACAGCCUGUCGAUCGGACAGGUGCUGUGGGACAUGGCUAAUGGAGCUGAUUCAUACUCUGUUGAAGCGAUCACAGCCCAGGGCCAGCAAGCCUCCUGUACCACAAAUGACACCUAUUGCCCCAUUUACAACAUGCAGUGUGGUCAGACUUACAGCGUCACCGUCACUGCACAUAACCAUGUCUGCUCAGACGGGUCCAUGUCAACGGAAAUGGUUGAUAUUGAGACAGAGCCGUGCCCGCCCAACAAUGUCCAGACCGUUGUGGAAUGUGAGAAUGGCGUAGGAGUUGUGACCUGGGAGGCGAGUGUCGGUGCCGUGGCUUACUCGGUCAGCCUGGCAGGACGUGAUGGUCACUCCCUGACCUGUGAAAACACUGAAACUUACUGUAACGUAGAGGGUCUCCAUUGUGGCGUUGUCUACUACACCAACGUCAUCGCCGUCGGAGAAACACUCAACAGCAGCUUGUCCGCUACAGUUCAGCUGAUCGCAGGUGUGUUUCACUCAUCAUGCAGUAUCCCUCCUUACAUCACACUGACAUCAUAA